AUGAGCAAUCUUAUUAUAGACCAAAUAGUAGUUAAUAACAAAACAGGAUUAAUGGAGUUUGGGAAUGAAUACCUGUUAUUAAAGUUAGAAGAUUUUACAUUAACAAUACAAAAGAAUGAAUUCAGAACAUUAGAAGUCUUUAAAUCAAUCAAAAAUUAUUGUCUGAGGAUAUGUUCAGCAGAUGGCAAAGUAUUAGAUGUCUUAAAUAUAAGUGAAAAUGAUGUUAAUAAAAUCAGAAGAGAGUUUAAUAAUAACUUUGGAUUAGAAAUAACAUCAAUAACACAAGAAACACUCUGCACCACUGAUGGUAAUUUGAUUAUAUCUAACAACUCAUUAGCAUGUGUAACUCAAGAUAAGCUUAUUUUCUCAGUUCCAACAUCAAACAUUGUUAAAGUUGCUGAACUUCAUAAUGAUGUGGUGUUUACAUUAGAUGAAGGAACAGAGUUAACAUUUGCAACAACAAGCAAAGUAACUGAAAGCUUACAGAAUAAGUUAUCUAAAGAAGCAUGUAUAGCAGAAUCAUUAGCAUGCGUAUAUCCAAGAACAAAAGCCAAUCUUAUGUUCUAUGACAACUACUUUGAGUUUAAAGGUUCUUCUUAUGAUCACAAAAUAUUCUAUGAUAACAUCACUGAUAUUCUAUGUUUAUCAAAAGUCAAAGAUAAGUAUUUAGUGAUAAAGUUGUCAUCACCAAUCUUACAAGGACAAACUAAAUAUGAAGAUAUUGUGUUUGCCCUAACAACUGAUGAUGUUCAAAUAGCAGCUAAACAUCCUAAAUUGAAAGAUUAUAACAGUGGUGAACAGUGUGAUGUGAUUUUAGAGAUUUUAACAAAAAUUUCUGGUAAACCUUAUAAGAAUUGUGAAGUAUACUUUGAUUGUAAUAACAAAGUCAAUUUAGGACAUUUGUUUGUAACAAGUGGAUUCUUUCAAUUUGUACCUAAACCAAUCUCAAUUCCAUUAAAUACAAUUCAGUGUAUUGAAAUUCAAAGAUUGACAUUAAACUCAGGACAACUUAAGACAUUUGAUAUUACAAUUAGUGCUGAUAAAGCAUACUUUUUCACCCAUUUAAAUAGAGACAGAUUUGGUGAGUUAGAAGAUUUCUGUGAAGAACAUCACAUUAAGAUGGUAGUUGCAGGAGAAGAUGGAUAUGAAGAUGAAUCAUUUAAUAAGGAAGAAGAAUCAUCUGAUAUUUCAGGAGUAAUUCUUGAUUCUGAAGAAAGUCAAUAA